GAAAGUAUUGUGCAAUACCGUCAAUAAUUAAUUUAAAGUGGAUCAAAUUUAAAUUAUUAAGAACAUAAAUUCCAAAAAUAAGGCGAAUUACAUUUAAAAUUUUAAUCAAUUUUCUUAUCGAAUGAUAGAUAUUAUCAUAAGAAUUACAUAAGAAUGUUUUAGAAAUUACAUAUAAGUAAACUGAAUCAGCAUCAUGGACUAUCAUUGCUUAAGAUAGAAGAACACAAAAAUGAAGAUUGUUUUAUUAGUUUUGUUCGCUGCUUGUUUGUCACAAGCCAAAAUAAAUCAAGAUAUACAUUUCGAUUGGGUGCAGUAUACCGGAGAAAUACCAGAGAAUGCUAUAAUAGGCGGAUCAACUGCUGAUGGUGAUCCAACGUAUGUAGCCCGUUCCUUCCUCAGUGCAGAUGAAGAUGAUGAAAAUUAUUCUGGAAGUGACUACAAUGGUUAUGUAGCUGGUGGUGUGUUACCUGGAAAAUUGUCGAUCGACCUUUGUACUCCGCAGAGUAUAUACACGCUCACAAAGAACAUUGAGAUACUGACUGUGGUCAAUGGAACAAAAAUCGAAUGGAUUAAAUCUUACCAGCACACAUUCAUGGACCUCUUCAACUCAGACGACUAUCGUCCUGUAAGGAUCGGCUGGCUAGCAAACGGGGAGAAGUGGAACUCCACUCUUUAUUUGGGCAGCUCUUUAGGCGCCGGUGUCGAAACCAUUGGACACAUAAUGACAUCGGCAAUUCCAACAUACAAUAAUCAACAGAACUGGUAUCCAUUUUACGGAAGUCAAUUCGGGGACCUGAUGUAUAAAGUAUUAGUUUAUUAUAUUUAAAUACUUAAAAAGUACUCUUUUUAAUAAACAAUAUGAAAUUA